AUGCCACUAUUUAAUGGAAGGAUCAACAAUAAAGUACUCUACAAUGUUGCAGUCUACAAGACUGGGGAGUGUCCGCAGCUCACACAAGAAGCCAGUCAUUGCUCGCAGGAGUGUACUGUGGACGCAGAUUGCAGUGGGACGGCCAAGUGUUGCUACAAUGGCUGUGGAACAUCCUGCCUUGAACCAGUCUCAGAAGCACCGCAGACUGCUGCACCUACUCCCGAGACAUACCAUCCAGGCAGUUCAGCACCGGAGAUUCACACAGACACACCAGUGGUUGAAGCAGACGAGGGAUAUUUUGUGACACUGCAUUGUGUUGCUCGUGGAAACCCCACUCCCUCUGUAGUCUGGAUACGGGGUGGAUCCACGCUGAGUGUUAUGGGAGGCCGGUACAAGUUGCUGAGUGACAGCUCACUUCAGAUUGUGGGUCUGACAGCAUCAGAUGCUGGAGAAUACACCUGUGUGGCUGACAAUGGUGUGGGUAGUCCUGCACGACAACUUUUCCACGUCAGGGUCCGCAGCCCGAAGAAACUCCAAGUUGAGAUACUGGGUGAUGACAGCCAAAGCAUUGUGGUCAGCCUGGGAUCUCGUGCAGUGCUACAGUGCUAUGCAUACGGCUACCCAGCACCCACUGUGACAUGGUGGCGUGGCGAGCGCAUGUUGCCACUCAUCUCAUCCGAACUGGAACAGCGCCGAGACCUAUCUCUAGUGUUGUACUCAGUUACACUUACAUCACUCGGGCCCUACACCUGUCAGGCAUACAACGGCCAAGGUCGACCUGCGUCACGGACUGUCAUACUUAAGGCGGUGGGACCUGUCUACUCACCUGAUCCCAACGAUGUUACCUAUAACCAGUACUUGGUUCCUCGGCCUAGAUCUCCUGAUCAACAACCCCGUCCUCCUCCCUACUAUCCACCUCCCACUCCACCCACCACCGCUGCACCCACUGUCAGGGUUUUUAUUGUUCCAGUGAAAACCCUGAUCAAUAUGGACAAGACCGUGUUCCCAGUUGACAGUGAUAUCUCCAUUCCUUGUGAUGUGGAUGGCUACCCUGUACCCAAGGUCUUGUGGUACAAGGAUAAUCUUCUAGUUCAUGCCAGUGAAAAGUACCAAAUUUCAGAAAGCAGCAGGCUAACAGUGGUGAGAGCCAAUGCUAACGAUACUGGAACAUAUAGAUGUGAGGCAGCCAACCAAUAUGGCUCAUCUUACACAGAGGUCAACAUCAGUGUGGAAGGAAUCUACGUGGACCCACUGUGUACAGACAAUACGUUUUUCGCCAACUGUGACCUGGUAGUAAUGGGCAAGUACUGCACCCACAAGUACUAUGGCAAGUUCUGCUGCAAGUCCUGCACGCUAGCAGGUCAGCUCCCGUCAGUUGGUCCACAUCUUGAUGCUCUCAAGCGCCGCAGACGGGCACUAGUCAAGCACUGACAUGCGGUGUGUAACACAGAUUGCGUCUAAUCAAAUUUAUUAUUUCCAUUUAUCGUCGGUACGCUAUCUGAAAAAAGCGAUUUACUAGGUAUUUCAAAGAUUAUCUCAGCAAUGUCCAUUUUCUGAUGGGAGCAACUCACGGAGAUCUGAUGCUUAGUAAUUCGGAAGACUACUCGACAGUAUGUAGAAAUAAUAAAGAAUGUUACCCUCCCACUGCCACCGUCUACGUGUUCUGUGAUGAUCCAGUCCUGUUCGGUUUGUUCUGUCGACUGUGGCGUUAGUGGAUAACCACAUUUUGUUGUCAUAGAAAUAUCAAAGCAGGAAAUGUAAAACCUUUAGUGUAAAGUAUGGAAAUCAUAAAAAAAAUUUUAAUACAAUUUUAUUUUCAUAACUGUUACUAAAAACCAUUUUAGAAGCAUAAAUUAUUUCAAAUAUUUGUCAAUAGGCUAUGUUGGUUUCAAAUACCUUAAAUGAAAAAUAUUUUACUUACAGUUUUCAUAUUUUUGAUAUUGCAAUAAUGAAAAUUUAAAAAUAAUAAUAUUUGGGUUUUUUUACAAUCAAACAAUUCAAUCACCAACACCGCCCUUGACUUGACAAAUGCGACUGAAAUGUAAUAUAGCCUAGCUGCAUGGCACUUCCGUAGUACUUAGAUUGCCCUAGAACUGUUAGUACAGUAACCUUUACUUAUAGGAACUCAAUAGUUGCCAAAUGUUUUUACGUUUAUUUAUUGUAAAUUAUGUUAAUUUAUUAUAUUGUAUACAUUUAAAUGAUACACUAAAUUUAUAGAUUAGAAUUUUUAUACCUUAGCAUAUAAUUUACAUUCAUACAAGCAAAACAUAUUUUAUAUAUAAAAAACAACAUGAAAAUUGGCAGUUAUUAAAUAUUUUAAAUAAAUUAAAAUUUUAUUACAAAUUAAUUACUUGUAAGAUUCUGAUAUAGUAAAACAGGGUUUUUUUCAAUUACAAAAAUACAAAUAUAAUUUUAUGUGUGCCUUAGUCAUUUUAAGCAUUAGUUAAAGGAAGUUUCAUGAAAAGUUAUAGAUACAAUUAUUUAAUCUUGUUUGUACUACUAGUUUUACUAAGCCUCCAAAUUUAACUUGUUUGGCUAUCUACUUAGAUAAAUAAAUUAAUCAUGUAUAUCUGUUCUUUUUUAACAAUGACUUAAAGUCAAUAAUUAAUUUUUUUGUGCCUUUCAUUAUUUGUAUUAUAUUUUAUCAUAGAAUGAUUUUAGUUUAGUGAGUUGUGUAAAUAAAAUGUAUUUUCAGUAUAAUAUAGAAAUAAAGACAGUAUUUUAAUGUUU